AUGACAUCAGUACAGCAAGUUACAGAUACCACAAUGUUGAGCGAAGUAGAUAUACAUAGAAUAACCUCUAUCUUACAAGAUAUAUCGUUGUUAAGAUUGGAGUGUGAUUGGGUUAACGAUCAAACUGAUCUCUCAUUCAAUUCGAUACUAGAGAAAGCUGAAUCAAACUUUUUAUAUAUUGAAUUACUAUGGUCUAUUGGUAAAGAACUUUCACCGUACUUUGAUUUGCAAUGGCCAUCCGAAAAGAAAUAUGAAGAUUUGAAGAGUCCUUUGUUCGAGUUACUCAAGAAGAUGUCGUUCACCGGUAACUUGCAAUAUAUUUUCAACUGUGAUAGCAACCUAUCGCAAGGAGAACAACAGGAUGUUCUCAUCAGAAGCAGAUUGUCAUUGUUAGAGUUUAUGUUCUUCCAACUACAAAUGAUUCAAUUGGAUCUCUUUAACAAGGAACAAUCGAUGGAAGUAGAAGAACAAGAUACUACCAUGCAACAACAAUCAUCCGAUGAAUUACGUGACGAUCUUAUCAAUAAGAUUCAAGUAUUAAGUGAUAUCUUCCAAGUUCAAUUCAAUAACUGGGAGAAUUUUGUAGUUAUAUUAAAUACUAUUCAUACAAAGAUUGAAACAGUAUUAGCAGAUUUACCAUCAGAUUUCAUGAGUGAACCAUUCUUUAAGAAUACUGUAUUCACUGACGAAGAAAAGAAAACAAUUGAAGAACUUAGUUUAAUAUUGUUUAAUGAUUAUUCAAAGAGAUCUGAAGUGUUGUGCAAGAGAUUGGAUGUAACACUAGAAUCAUUGUUGUGGUCAGAAAAGGUAGAAACAAAGUUGGAUGAACUAAAUAGAAUCAUUAGAUACCAAAGAGAGGUUUUUCCAACAAUUCACCACUAUUCAUUCCAGGAUCUCAUUUGCACACAUAGAGACAUACUAAAGAUCAUUAAGACCAGUUUAGAUUCCAAGUCGUCUGCACAACUCGUAAAGAAUAUCAUCGUUGGUAACGUACCGGAUAGAGGCGGUCGUCCCGGUGACAAAAAGAUUGCAAUGCCUUCAUUCCACAAGAGAGUUGAAUACUCCAAUCAAAACUACCACAACCGUUCAAAGAAACAUAGAAAAUAA